AUGGAUAAUAAUGCCAAGGACAGAUUCCACAUUCUUAACAAACCCAAGGACUCAGAUUGUACCCUGAUGAUCCAUGAUAUACUCAAAGGAGAUGGCAUGACAUAUCUACUCUAUGCAGAUCUAGGAGAACAAAAACGUGCUUUCCCGAGAGAGAAUAUCAAACUCUCUGUGUCAGAUCUGACUCAAAAGUCAGAGCUUCAUAUCCCAGAGAUUCUUGCAGUUGGGAAGCCUGUGACCUUGAACUGUACCAUUAAAGGCACCUGCAGAGAAACCAAAGGCCUCUUUCUCUCCUGGAAAAGGCCCACUUUGUCCUCCACUGCAGGCGUCUCUGGCAGCUCACCCACCUUGGUGCUGCACCUCACCCCAAAGCCUGAAGACCAUGGCACCACCCUAAGAUGCCACUUGAACUUCGCCCUAGAUAACUUGAGCAGAAGUGGCCUGGUCAAGCUCCAAGCAAUCUCACCGGCCAGGUUGUUCAACUCCUCUUGCUCCUUGGAGAAAACACUGCAGUGCAACUGUGCCUUCCAGGGGGUCCCCACACCCUCCGUGCAGUGGUGGCUGGGAGGUGCCCCUGUGGAUGUUAGCAGCAUGGAUACCAUCCUCCAGGUGACCUCUACUAUACAUGCCCCCUGGGCCAACAGCACCAUUAGCCUCACUGGGGAGCCAGAAAUACUCAUGAGACUUGUCUGUGAGGGGAAGAACCAAUAUGGAAUCCAUACUUCAAGGAUCUUCCUGAUACCAGAUAAGAAUUCAGUUUCCAACGUGUUUGUGAAAGGAUUGAUCCAGGGUAUCGUGUAUGGAACCAUUGCAGUCUCGCUGUUCUUCUUCUGCCUUGUCCUCCUUGUAAUGAAGAUACUUAAAUGGUGGAAGGAAAAUCACAUUUCCAAGACCAAAGAGGCCCUGAGCCUCAAAAAAGCAAAGCUGCUGGAGGAGCCAGAAACACCAAAGGAGUCUAAAGAUGAAGCCACACAGGCUGGAGCUGGAGGCAGCACUGUGCUGCUGGUGGGGCAGUCCCUGCAGGGUCUCAGCUGA